AUGACUUGUACUAUGUGUGGUAAAGACCGUUCUGAAGACCAAUUCAUUUGGGGAGGUGGUCACCACAAAACUUGUAAAGUGUGCAAAGAAGAUCGUGAUCAAAGGAAGAAAAGUAAAUUGCCAACUAUGGUCCCCAGUUCAACUACUGAAUUG